CAAUUUUCUGAUUAACGUUUAUUGUACAUUAUAAAUUUAUACGCUAGCAGAUAUCAACUGUGUUCUUCCAAAAUGAUUGUUUUUAUUGACUGCAAUUGAAAAUAGAUAAUCUAUUGAUAAUAAUACUGUGUGGUUAACGAGAAUGGCUCGACUUCUAUCAUAAAAUAUCACAAAAUCAGUAUUUUGUUAAGUGAAAGUUACGUACUUAGCAGGCACCACGGAGGAAGGUUACAACGAAUGAGUCUUUAUUCAGUAGAAAUCAGUGAAAAACCAGCAAUGUAGUAACUAUAUUAUGCGGCUUAAAUGUUUAUAAGGCUUGUAUUAGUGUAACCAAAAAUGGACCUUGGUGCCCAUUCGAGAAAUAAUUCUGUAUCCAGCAUAGUUUCAAAGAACUCAACUCGUUAUUGGAAAAAUCGUCGACGAAAUGUAGGUGAUUUGGUGACAAUUGCGUCAAAUUCCAAAGUAUAUCUCAAUUGUGUCAAUGAUAAUACUGAUAUAAAUAGUACUGUGGUUAAUGAUUGUGUAAGUUAUGAUUGCUGUGAUACUGAUUAUAGUGAAGUUAGUAAUUCUAUAAGAAAGGCCAAGGACUUGCCAAAAUUUAAAAAUAGAAUAUUUGAGGACAGCAUUGAAAGUCAAGAAAUAUCUUUCUAUGUCGAUGUAAACAGUGAUGAUGAAGACACCGAUGAUAUUCCGGAAUACGAAAUAGUAGAAUACGAUUCAUUUGAUACCGAAUCUGAAUCUGAUUAUCACAAUAUUACUGAUUUUCAGCAAGAAGAAUCGCUUCAUGAUGUGACCAAUAAUCCGUUGCCACCUGAACCUGUUAAUAUAGAUACAAAUGGAUUCGAUAAAUUCACAAAAAAUUUAAGUAGAUUCAAGAAGAAUUUUUCUCGAGACAUAACAAAGUCCUUGAGAAGAUUUUCCAAAAAAAUUCAUCAAACUGAUAUAGAUGAUUCAAAAAAGAAGGAAGUGGAUCGACUGUCAACGAUUAUUCCAAGCGAAUCUAUUAGUGGGGCUUCUAAGAACUAUUGGAAUGAAAGUUCGAAAAUCGAUGAUACAAAACCUGGUAGUUUAUUAAGUAGAAUUAGACGUAGUGUAUCACUUUCAGCAUCAGUUACGAAUCUAACUAGUUAUUUCGAAGCUCUUAAUAACACCGAAAACCAAAGAAGAAGUGUUUUUUAUUUACCAGAUCCUGUUGGGAACGAAAAUGAAAAGACUGAAGAUAAAUCCAAUUCUUCUCCUCCUAUAUCUUCGAUUAGUUCUAGUAAAACUAAAUUAGUGAGACCAAAAUUGCCACCACCUCCAGUCCCUCCAAAGGACGCAGUAAUAGAAAAAAUACUGAAAGAAAAAGAAGCAAAGAAGAAUAUAGACAAGUCUCCGAUUUCAAAAAAUAAUACUCACAAUAAUGAAACUAGUCGAACCUCUUGGUAUACUGAGAUAGGUUUAUACUCAAAAUCUACAAAUGUAAUGGAAGAACGCGAAAGGUCUAUAACAAAAGUCGAUACUGUACAGACAGAGACAAUGGCGCAGACAACGAAAUUUUCAAGUGUUAUAGAAGAGUUAAAUGUCAAAUUAAAUAAAAACAAUACUAACGAGCCAAGUAGUGUUAUGCAAAACAAUUUUGAAACCGAAAGUAAUUACAACAAUCAGAGCAUGUACAGCUACAACAGCAAUGAUUCAAAGAAAGAUGAUUCUUCCGUAACUUAUUCUUCUCAUGAUGUACAGUUCUUUGAGGAUGAACCAUUAUAUCAAUUCUACGAUGCUGCUGUUUUUGAAUCUGCAUGUGAUGGAGAUACGUCUUCUGAACCAGAUUCUGAUAUUUAUGAAGAUAUAAUGGAUGAGACUAACGAAAAUUACAUUUCUUCAUCAACCUUAACAGAGAACUUGGAAGAAUCAAUAAAUUUAGGAAACAAAACAAUUACCUUUACCAGAAGUCUUUGGUGUGAAAUCCCCGAAGUAAUGAAAUCUUCUGUUCUAAGUACGCUCAGUACUCAACAAAAAAAGCUGCAGGAAGCUAAAUUCGAAAUAAUUACUUCCGAAGCUUCAUACUUACAUUCACUCAAUGUCUUAGUAGAUCACUUUGAAAAGAACUUCAGAAAAUCUAAUAUUGUAAACGAAGAUGAAUUUGAUAUCCUCUUUGGAAACAUUAAAUCAGUAAGAGCUUGUUCGAAAAAAAUUUUACAUGAUUUCGAAAAAUGUUGGCAAAACAACGUUCUAUUAGAUGGUCUUUGUGAUCUGGUACAAAAACAUGCUGAAGAAAAUUUUCAUGUAUACAUACCAUAUUGCGAAAAUCAAAUUGUAAUUAAUGAAAUGCUCAAUAAGUUAAGGGAAAGGCCCGACUUUUUAGCAUUUUUAAGUCAGUUAGAAUCUAGUCCGUCUUGCCAAUUUCUAUCUUUAUACUCAUUUUUAAUGUUACCGAUGCAGAGGAUAACAAGGUGGCCACUACUAGUAGAUGCGAUUUUAAAAAGACUCUCUGAAUCUGAUCCAGAAUACCUCACGUGCCAAUAUGCUUUAGCAACUUUAAAUAAGACUGUUACUCAAUGCAAUGAAGCUGCAAGGAAAAAAGAACAAGAAAUAGAUCUUAAGAAAAUUUCCGAAUCAUUAGAAUUCGAUCAACAUGUACCUUCAAUCGAAAUAAAUGUAAAAGGUAGGCAUAUCAUUAGAACAGGCUCAAUGAUAUGUUACAAACAAAAAAAUGAAGAUACUCGAAUGACAUUUGGGAGGCGAUUUAGCAAAAUUACUUUGUACUUAUUUUUGUUUAGUGAUUUGUUUGUCGUCAGUAAGAAGAAGAGCGACUCUUUAUACACUGUGUUGCAUUAUUGCCACAGAAAUUUAAUAGAAUUGAGAAGUGUGGACUUAUUUCCUGUUCUCAAGAAAAAAGAUAUCCAAAAUAAAAAUCUUCUGUAUUUGUCAAUUUUGGAAAAUCAGGAUAAGAAGGUCGUCAACUUGUUACUAUCGGCAUUAACAGAAACUGACAAAGAACGAUGGAUCGAAGCUUUCAGUCCUCCAAAGUCUGAAAAUCCCGAUGAAACUUUGUAUGAGUGCUGGGAUUGUCCCCAAGUGACGGCAAUGCAUAACUACAAUGCCUGUCAGCCUGACGAAUUGUCCUUAUCUAGAGGAGAUGUAAUGAAUGUCUUAAGAAAAAUGACAGAUGGCUGGUAUCAGGGCGAACGCUUACGUGAUGGUCAAACAGGUUGGUUUCCUGCCAAUUACACAGUAGAAAUUAUAAAUCCCCAUGUUCGAGCUAGAAACUUGAAACAACGUUACAAAUUACUCGCUUUUUCCGAAAAUUAUUUAAAAACGUGAAAUACCUAUCUAGUUAUAUUUUUUAUACUUAUGUACCUUGUUUGUUACCUUUCACAUUUAGUCAAAUAAAUGAUAAAUUUAA